AUGAAACAAAAAUAUUGCCUUUCCUUGCGAUGUGUAGCUGUAACGGUGUUUGCAAUUUGUUGUGCACCGGGCAUGGCCAAUGAAGACAAGCAAUACGUUAAUGAGUGGGCAGUGGAAGUGCUUGGAGGACCCGAGGUGGCGAAAGCUAUUGCCGAAGAACUGGAUUAUGAUUUUAUGGGUCAGAUUGGAACACUUCAAAACCAUUAUCUACUCAGACACAAAAUUCAUCCACGAAGGUCUCGAAGAAGUGCUGAUCACUUUACGAAAAGAUUGUUUGAAGAUGAACGGGUGUCUUGGGCAGAACAACAGUACGAAAAGCAAAGAAGUAAGCGGUCUCCAGUAAGGGACUGUAGAGAUUGUAUGGCAGAGAAAAUGUUUACUGAUCCCAUGUGGAAUCAGCAAUGGUAUCUGCAAGAUACAAGGACUUCAUCAAUGCUCCCGAAAUUAGACCUUCAUGUUAUCCCUGUGUGGAAGAAGGGAAUAACAGGCAAAGGAAUUGUGCUAACUGUGCUUGAUGAUGGAUUGGAAUGGAAUCACACAGAUAUUCAAGCAAAUUAUGAUCCGGAAGCAAGCUAUGAUUUUAAUGAUAAUGACCCUGAUCCAUUCCCCAGAUAUGAUCCAACUAAUGAAAAUAAGCAUGGUACCAGGUGUGCUGGGGAAAUUGCAAUGCAAGCCAAUAACAAGAAAUGUGGUGUAGGAGUGGCUUAUAAUUCAAAAGUUGGAGGUAUUAGAAUGCUGGAUGGCAUCGUUACAGAUGCAAUUGAGGCCACUUCAAUUGGAUUCAAUCCACAGCAUGUGGAUAUUUAUAGUGCAAGCUGGGGUCCAAAUGAUGAUGGAAAGACUGUGGAAGGUCCUGGGAGACUUGCACAAAAAGCAUUUGAACAUGGCAUUCAGAAGGGUAGAGGAGGAAAAGGGUCAGUUUUUGUCUGGGCUUCGGGGAAUGGCGGUCGUCAAGGUGAUAACUGUGACUGUGAUGGGUACACAGAUAGCAUCUAUACAGUUUCUAUAAGCAGUGCAUCACAGCAAGGGCUCUCUCCGUGGUAUGCAGAAAAAUGUUCUUCCACCCUGGCUACAGCUUACAGCAGUGGAGACUACACAGAUCAAAGAAUUACAAGUGCCGAUCUUCACAACGACUGCACAGAGACUCACACUGGCACAUCAGCAUCAGCCCCAUUGGCUGCAGGCAUUAUUGCUCUUGCUCUUGAAGAAAACCCAAAUCUUACAUGGAGGGAAUUGCAACAUUUAAUUGUCUGGACUUCUGAAUAUGAUCCACUGGCCAACAACCUAGGCUGGAAAAAGAAUGGAGCCGGCCUAAUGGUGAACAGUCGAUUUGGGUUUGGCUUGCUCAAUGCCAAGGCGCUGGUUGAUAUGGCAGAUCCUAAAACCUGGAAGGGAGUGCCAGAGAAGAAACAAUGCAUUGUCAAAGAUAAUAGUUUUGAAUCCAGGGCUUUGAAAGCUGGUGGAGAGGUUACUAUAGAAAUCCCCACCAAAGCUUGUGAAAAGCAAGACAAUAAUAUUAAAGCUUUGGAACAUGUCCAACUGGAGGCAACAAUUGAAUAUACUCGGAGAGGAGACCUUCACAUUACUCUGAUAUCUCCUGCAGGAACCAACACUGUGCUCUUAGCGGAGCGUGAAAGGGACUCGUCACCAAAUGGUUUUAAGAACUGGGCCUUUAUGUCAGUGCAUACCUGGGGAGAGGAUCCAGUGGGUACAUGGCUCUUAAGGAUUACUGAUGUGUCUGGAAGAAUGGAAAACAAAGGUGAAAUCAUUGACUGGAAAUUAAUUUUACAUGGUACCUCCACCAAACCAGAGCACAUGCAGAAGCCAAGAGUAUACACUCCUUAUAAUGCUGUUCAGAAUGACAGGAGAGGUGUAGAAACCACGGAUGAACUCAUAGAGGAUGACAUUUUCAGGGACAUUGAUCCUAGAAAUCCAUACAGAAAGGGGAACACCAGCAAAGAAAAUGUAAACAUAGAAGACACUAAAGAAGAAGCGGCCUUACACGCUACUUCUGCUCAAAAGCCAUACGACCAACAAAAUCAAGAUAAUAGAGCUCUGCAAUUUUUCCAUCGCAGUAGGUCCCAUGAUGAUAUGAAAUUACCUAGUCAGAACUUCUAUCAAGCCACUGGAAAAUUAAACAAACAGGCCUAUUUGAAAGACUUGGAGGACAGUGAAUUAAAUGAAUACCGUGACCAGCUUUAUGAUACCAAAUCUAUUACGCAUAGAGAUGAUAGAUUGCUUCAAGCUUUAUUAGAGAUACUGGCAGAGAGCCAAUAA